AUGGCGGACUUCGCAGAAGCCGCUGUUGCAGAGGCAGCAAGCGCCCCCAACAACGACCAUCAAUCGCCCGGACAGGACGGCGACAACAAGUUCCAGAAAGCAAUAUCGGCAUGGCGAAACAUCGACCUUACAUCGUUAAUUCCGAACUUGGACAAUACGGCAUCGGAAAUCGUGCAGUAUCAACGAGACUCGACAAUCCAGCGCAAGGACCUGGCACAGAAGACGAAGGACUUUAGGAAGCUGGAGGAUUCGGCGAAGCUGGGAGAAAUCAAGGGUUUACUGAAAGCCUACCAGACCUUCAUCGACCUGCUCACGAAUCACUCGAAAUCAACCAACUCCGCGUUUCUACAGGUGUACUCUUCGCUAUCCGAAGCUCCCGAUCCGUAUCCCCUCCUCGAAGCCUCCGUCGACUCUCUGCUACUGUCUGAAGAUACCCUGCCGAAAGUCGCCGAAGAGAACAGACACCUCCAAAAGAGCGUCAGCGAGCUCACGACACAGCUGGAGGAGACGGAAUCGAGGCUAGAGGCGGACAGGACAGCCCGGAAGAACCUGGAGGAAGUACUUGAAACUAAAGUCAAAGAAGUUGAAACCUCGUGGGCGGCGGUAUUAGAAGAGAAGAAAGACAACUGGGAGGCCAAGGAGAAGCAUCUUGAAGAGAAGGUCGAAAACCAAGAUCGCCUGCUUAGUGAGAUAAAGGCGAGCUAUGAGGUGACCCAGCGGCUGGGACGCGCAGACAGCGACGAGAAUGAGACGGGGCGUGGCCAUGUCACCAGCGCCGAAUUGGAGAUGGUAAAUUCGGACCUGGAACGCACAAGUGUACGGUUGGCGGAGGUGGAAGCGCGAAACGAGCAACUUCGCAUCGAGUUGGCGCAGUCAGCGUCGCAGCUCCCGAGCCAGCCAGCGGUGAACUUGGAGGACGACCCGACAUUUAUGCGGAUGCGGUCGGAGAAUUCUUCUAUUCUGCGGAAACUGGAUGCGCUCCGUGUUGAGAAGGAUGGAAGGAAGCGGGAACUCGACGGCAAACUACGAUCCCUCGAGCGGGAGAUAGGCAUGCUUAAGGACGAGCGCGAUACCCUCAAAGCCAAAGUACAAAAAUGGAGUGAUUACGAGGAUGUUAAGCAGGAGCUUGAAGUGCUGAAAAGCAUAGAGUUUUCUACGGGCGAUGACGAGGAGCCUGAAAUUGUAGACCCGGCUGCGAACCCCUCCAACGGCACCACGGAUGGCGCACCUGCGCGAGGCAAAAGUGAUACUUUGGAGCAGCUUCUCCUAGCUCGGAAUAAGAAGCUGAGUGACGAGUUAACUAUCUUGAGGGUAUCCCACCAAGACUUGCAGAGCCGUCUCCAGUCGAUUCAAGAAGAGCUCUCCAGGGCGAAUGUGGAGCUCGAAAGAGCGCAGCACCUAAAUACAACUCUUGAGAAUGAUCUUGCCAAUGUGCAACAAGAGCCAGCGAAUGCCUACCCAUCAGCCGCGUCUGUUGCAGGUACCUAUGCGAGCCGAUAUCCCCAAUCAUCGGCGAAUCUAGGCCGCAAAGCCCGAAUAUCACCAACGUCGUCAAUUAUAUCUGGAUUUGAUCCAAGAUCAGUGGGAGGAACAUCACUCGAGGCAUUGAGAUCCGGCGAACCCGUUGGUGGAGGCUCCGGGAUCCUACCGAUGAUUACAGCCCAGCGUGAUCGAUUCAAGAAGAGGAAUACUCAAUUAGAAAACGAGCUGUCAGAUGGCCACCGGACCAUCUCAUCCUUACGGCAAGAAAUCGCAUCCCUGCAGAAAGACAACCUAAACCUCUACGAGAAGACAAGAUACGUCUCCACGUACAACCGGGCAGGACCAGGGGGUUCCUCCUCGACAUCAGCUUAUGCCACGAACCCCAACCCCUCAGCCAUCCAGAUGUCCUCUACUACAUCUUCAGGACUAGCGUUAGAUCGAUAUCGAUCCGCGUACGAAUCCAACAUCUCCCCCUUCGCAGCAUUCCGGGGUCGCGAAUCCGCUCGUGCGUAUAAGCGUAUGAGUCUCCCUGAACGUAUCGUCUUCUCGAUCACGAGGAUGGUUUUGGCGACCAGGACGAGCCGGAACCUGUUUGCGGGAUACUGCUUGGCGUUACAUGUUCUAGUGUUCUUCUCACUAUAUUGGCUCGGUACAAUCGACACAGAGCAGCACGGAAGCCACUUAGGUGAAGCCGCCGCCGCCGUAGCAGGGCCUCUCGCCGGGGCGGCGGGAGCUGACUCGCAGCAUGGCGACUGGCACCAGGAAGGGUUCAACGAUAAAGGCUCAUAG